AUGGCCGCCAGCCACGGACCGGCCCCAGCAUACUUUGGAGCCCCUACGGAAUUAUACUCCAAGCGUGAUUCCUCAAUGAAUGCGAUGUCGCCCGCACGAUCGAGCCCGCGGAUAGCCCGCGUACCGUACGCACUGCAAACAACACCCGCCGAAACCAAGGGUGUCGUCGAGGCCAUGCCCGUCACCCCACUCAACAGACCGCGGAAGCUCUCGCAGGCUUCCACUGUCACCGUGACAAGCGUCAACAGCCCGAGGGACAGCUUCGACUCCAGGUCGAGGAGCUCGUCAUGGAGCAGCAACAGGUCCAGCUUCGAAUCGAGGGACUCGUGGAGACCCGACUACCUGUACCAGCGACCCAGCCAGCCUGUCGUCUUCAGGAAGAAGGCCCAGCCUGGUGAGAUCUUUGCAAAGCUGCCUGGAGAGGUGCUGGAGCUCAUCCUGGGCGAGCUGAAGAAAUACGAGGAUAUCCAGCUGGUGGGACCAGACUCGACUGCGCAGAAGAAGAAGUACAAGCUCGCACUCGGCUCCCGAAUGAUGCUUCUACGACGAACUCUGAGAUCGAACGCGUACCUCGCCACCAUGGUUCACACCGUGAAGGUCCCAAGCCCGCCCGUUGGCGUCGCGCUGGAGGAUUAUCACAACCAGGUGGCCGCCCUCAUCAUGGCCUGUCCCAACUUUGAGCGCCUCAUCGGUCUUCACCCUCAGUACAGCCACUCUUUCAGCAAGCUGUACCACGCCCUCUCGACGCGCAAGCGUCUUAAACACAUGGACUGGGUGGUCCAGCCCUCCCCGUUCCAGCGACAGCACCGAUUGGGCCGUUCGAACUCUUCUGAUAAUGUCCCAACAUUAACCCAACGCCAGCGCGAGAUGGUGACGCCUGGCGAUCUGCAACCGCACCAGAGCGCUACUUUCCUCGAAUACCACGUCGACUGGGCUCACCUCAGCACUUUGACGAUUCACUGCCUCCCGGGCGCGACGCUCACCCCCGAUAAUCUCGUCAGCUCGGCGCUGAUGCACCUGACGUCCUUGCAGCACCUGUACCUGUCUCACAUGCCGGUGACUGCCUUCAACGACAACGCCCUCCUUUCGCUCCCUCCCUUGCGCACACUAUCUCUUUCCCACGUCCCCGGUGUCACUUGUGCCGGAAUCUCGGCCUUGGCGACUUUGCCUACAAGCCAGGCGAUCCAGAAACUGACUCUGCGCCACAUCAACCUCGAAUCCCUGCCCGCCCUGGCUCGCAUCUUCUCCAACUUCACCUACCUCGAAGCAUUCACCCUCGUCCAGAGCUUCGCCCCUACUCUCCCCGAAGACACUUUCAUCUGGCUCAUGCCCUACCUUGCGUCUGGUUCCCUGCGUAAACUCCACUGGGACAUCACAAGCAACACCACCCACGCAAACGCAGCGGAUUCGAUCCUCGCCCGCAGCAUCGCAGCCUCCGGCUUCCCCUCCCUUCGCAGCCUCCGCACCCCGAACGAUCCCGAAGGCAUCUUCCAAGCUCUCUGCCGCCCCUACGAGCGCGUCGACCUCGCCAGCGACCGAUUCCGCCAGCCUGUUGCCCGAAGCGCCUCGUUCCCCGCCGCGGCGCCAGGAUCCCCGACCAAGUCCAAAUCCAAAUUUCCGGCCAAGGCCGCCACACUACCGCCCACCGAGACAUUCCUGGAGUGCACCGAUCUCCACCAGGCCCGUCUGGCAGCGCAGGCCCGCCUCGAGGCCGCGCGGCCGUUCCCGCGGUUCUUUGUCAAUGUCAUUGAUGAAGAUGGCACGCUGUUGGAGAAGUAUGGACUGGCAGGUUUCAUGGGUACCAUUGAGAGCCGCAUCUCAUACAACCUGCGUCCGGACUCUGGCGCGAAAGACGAGCGUGGCGGAAUAGUCGAGAUGUCAGACUUAAUGGCCGGCAACAACGGCGAGGACAUCCCCAACGGCAAGGAAGGUUGCACCGGCCGCUGGAACAUGUCUUCGUCGGCGGCGGAGAAGAAGGACAAGGAACGGUGGUGGCACACGGAAAGAGGCCGAUGGCACCAGCCCGAACUUGCGUAA